UAUUCACCCAUAGAUAUUGUCAAUAGAAGAAGGCUGUAUAACUGACACACCUCCCUGUCCUGUUAAGCUCAGCUAAACACCCUCCACAAUACAAAUCCCUGUGCACUGCAAGUCAGCAUGUUUGCACACAGCAAAGCUGGAGACUGUAGUCCUGUUCAGUCAAGAGCCACGAGCCCUGGUGAUUACACAAAGUGGAAACGAACCACAUAGCCCAGCAUGACUCUCUACUCCUGCUUAUUUAUCCAGUGGUCAUUGGGUGAACUGAGACACUGACCAAUAGGAUGGGAAUCUUUUAACACUUAAAUGCCUCGAAAACUGUCGUAUCUGCUCUUGAUUCGUAAUUUAGUUCAGAGGAAUAGUUCUACUAAGUUGCAUCAGCUGGAUUUGGACCAAAAAUCAUCUGUUUGGGAUUUCUGAUUUUCUCAGCAUACAGGACUGCUGUUGGGCAUGCAAUCGGGGGUCUUUGUGCCCGCCGCGGCUGCGGUGGGCCUGUUUUGCCGAGGUUGUCUCAGCAGAGUGCACAGCCUGAGCUGUUUGCCUAGGCAGAUGAGCAGGUGGAACAGCAGGGAGACCUGCAGCACCCCAUCUCCUCAGGAAAACCCCCGCAUCCUCAUCACGGGUGGUCUCGGGCAGUUAGGUGUGGGGCUGGCGGAUAUACUGAGGAAACAGUACGGAACGGAGAAUGUAAUCCUGUCGGACAUCAAGAAGCCUCCGCCUCAUGUUUUCAACAGUGGCCCAUUUGUAUACGCUGAUGUGUUGGACUACAAAAAUCUGCGAGAACUGAUUGUAAACAACCGCGUCACUUGGAUGGUCCACUACAGCGCUCUGCUCAGUGCUGUGGGCGAAGCUAAUGUGGCUUUGGCACGCAAGAUCAACAUCACGGGCCUUCAUAACGUGCUGGACUUGGCUCUAGAGAACUGCCUGCGGCUCUUUGUCCCCAGCACGAUCGGUGCGUUUGGUCCCUCUUCUCCACGUGACCCGGCCCCUGACCUUUGUGUCCAAAGACCUCGAACCAUCUACGGCGUGUCCAAAGUGCAUGGAGAACUGAUGGGGGAGUAUCUCCAUCAUAAAUAUGGUCUGGACUUCCGCUGCCUGCGGUACCCAGGAGUGAUAUCGGUCAACACGCCCCCCGGAGGAGGAACCACAGACUAUGCGGUUCAAAUCUUCCACGAUGCUCUCAGCACAGGCCACCACGAGUGCUACCUGCGUCCCGACACACGUCUUCCCAUGAUGCAUAUCUCUGACUGCCACCGUGCCACGGUGGAGUUCAUGCAGGCUCCGGAGUGCCAGCUGUCUCUGCGCACCUACAACAUCGCCGCCAUGAGCUUCACUCCAGAAGAGGUGGCCCAAGAGAUCCGCAAGCAUCUCCCUCACCUCAAGGUCACCUACAAUCCUGACUCUGUCCGCCAGACCAUUGCCGACAGCUGGCCCGUGAGGUUUGAUGACUCCAAUGCCAGGAGAGAUUGGGGCUGGGCGCCGGCCUUCAGGCUUGAGGAGCUGGUUUCAGACAUGCUGCGCUCCAUUCGAGAGAAGAGGACAAACGAGGGUUUGCCAGUCAGCUAGCGAAACCUGCUCCACGAAGACUGGCCAAUGCUCUCUACUCCUGACUCUCCACCGCCUGCAUUUUACCAACGACACACUUUUCUUUCACUUCACUUUCACAUGUUUUCAACCAGUAUCCUCCGUUACUCUGGCACAUUACAGCAAUGAGCCAGGGACUGUCUGUAAAGUAAAGUAGGAAUUCUCAGUCAGAUGCUCUCAAUAUACAGUGGACAGUGAGACGUCUUACACAUGCACUCAAACACACACAUCUCAGUCUCUUUCAGGGAACAAUAUGCUGUCAAACCUUCUCUUCAUCUUUGUUGUUUUUAAUUGUUACCAUGGUAUAAGCAUCACUUUACACAUGUUGCCUCAGACGGAACAGAAAAAGACUUUUAGAGAUUUUCUCAUGUUAAUCGCAUCAAUGGACAGCAACAGUCUGUUACAACGUCUAUGAAAAUGUCUAAUACAAUAUGGACCAGUUGCACAUUUAGAGGAACAAAUCUGUUGUACACUUUGAUUCCAGGAUCAUCUGAAAUGGUUGGCUCAGUUAGCUUUGGACUGUAAUGACUCACCACGUAUUCUGGUUGUUUUAAAAGGCAGUCUUUUUUAGUAGUCUAUCAACUGAAUAUCACACACUGUAUACAACUCUACUACCCUUGCUGUGGCAUCUAACAGUAAGCCUUUAUUUUGCUAACAGUGUGAUUGAUUUGGUUAUGAAUGUGCACCAAUAAUAAUUUAUUAUUAUAUUAUUACAAGGUUGGCAAGUAUGAUAAUAAAUGAAGCCUUAUUUACUGUAGAUUACUUAGGAAAGCAAUGUAUAAAAAAUGCAGUGUACUUUGAAUAAUAAAAAUAUAAUUUACUCAAA